UCCUUUGAAUGUACAAUGAUGUGGUACAAGGGUGUGAGCUUCACCAGCGAAGCGUGCGCUCUCAUCUACCUGGUGGACACAGCCGGGACGCGCACCACAACCGACACUUUCACCGAUCUGACCAAGGACUACACCCUGGCAGUGUUCUAUGACGACUCGCGCCAUGGUCCCUCUUAUAUGGCUGAAGCCCAUGACGUGAUUGCCAAUUCAGCUUACACCUGUACCGAGGAUGGCACUGAGAUCUAUGACAUAAACGGAUUUCGCAUCACCCAGGCAGCCGAUGGCCUGGUGAAGGUCACUCGUGUGGACAACAAGUGCUUGAUUCGCACCAGUCCCGGCAAUGGAUCGGCCACUUUGACCACACCUGGCAUCCAUUGCACUGCCUCUCUGGGCAAGACCUCGCAUCUGUUUGUUCGUCGCAAUGAGAAGCGCAUGCACUUCGAUGGAUCCUGUUUCAUUGUACGCAACGCCGGACACUCCGCCGGCUUCAAUGAGAACAACCUGCUCAUUGUCUACUGCGCGGCGUUCGUAGUCCGGACAUAGAAACGGCGCAGUGGUAGCCCAUCCCACACGCACACACUCACACAUGUCAACACAUUUCACCUGGAACACAUACAUAGACACCUACAGCAGCACACUUGA